ACCUCCCCCUCCCUCCCUUCUCACCGGCCUCCCUCCCUGAUCCUCCCUCCCCAUUGGCUGCUGUUCUCAAGAGGGCGGGACAAAGAAUGGGGUAAGAGCUGAGAGGAGCCAAGACGACACAAGCGGAGGAAACCCCCGAACCUGCACAGGUGGUGACGGCUGCAGGACUCUGUCAUGGCGCUGCUGUGGAGGAGGUUGAAGCUUCUGGUGACGGUGAUGAUGGUCAACCUCUUCAUCUUCAUCAUCAUCUCCCGACAGAGCAACCAGGACAAAAACGACCGCAACAAAGUCCAAAUCCCCUCCAAACCCUUCUGGAGCAAACUGGCUCCCAGCGUUGCGUACUGGAACCGGCAGCAGCAGGUCCUGGACCUCCAGAACAACCCGGUCCUGGUGGCCAACUACAGCCUCGCCGACACACCUGAGUGGUUAAAUGAGACCGGGUUGAUCUCCGACCCCUGCCAGCCUAACGUCAGGGUGACCACGCAGGUGAAGGACUACAACUCCCUGCCGGGGCGCUUCAAGGACUUCCUGCUCUACAUGCACUGCCGCUCCUACCCUCUGAUGGUGGACCAGCCGGCCGUCUGUAAGAAGCCGCCCUUCCUGCUGCUGGCCGUCAAGUCCUUAGCGCCACACUUCGACCGCCGACAGGCCAUCCGUCAGUCCUGGGGCCGGGCCGGGCUGAUAGCCAAUCAGACGGUGGUGACCAUCUUCCUCCUGGGUAACGCCACAGCGGGGGACCACCACCCGGACCUCUCCGAGAUGCUGCGCUACGAGAGCACCCGCCACAAAGACAUCAUCCAGUGGGAUUACAGGGACUCCUUCUUCAACCUGACCGUCAAAGAGGUGCUGUUCCUGGAGUGGAUCCAGAGGCGCUGCCCCGGGGCCAAGUUCAUCUUCAAAGGAGACGACGACGUCUUCGUCAACACUUUCCGCAUCCUGGACUUCCUCAAGGGCCUCUCGGAGCCCAAAGCCAGGGACCUGUUUGUGGGCGACGUGAUCACAAACGCUGGGCCGCACCGGGACAAGAAGGUGAAAUACUUUAUCCCGGAGAGCAUGUAUGUGGGGAUGUAUCCUCCGUACGCCGGAGGGGGGGGGUACCUGUACUCCGGGGACAUCGCUGCUCGCUUACACAACGCCUCGCAGCACGUGGCGCUGUACCCGAUAGACGACGUCUACACGGGGAUGUGUCUUAGGAAACUUGGGUUGGCCCCCGAGAAGCACAAAGGCUUCAGGACCUUUAACAUAGAGGAGAAGUACCGCUCGAACCCUUGCGCCUACAAGAGCUUAAUGCUGGUUCACCCCCGGACCCCGCAGGAGAUGAUCCAGAUCUGGGCCUGGCUCAGCAGCCCCGACCUCAACUGCCAGUGAUGAUACUAAAAAGACAUUUUGAGGAUGGUUCAAAGACAAUUAUUUUAUUUUGAACAGGGUCGCGACUUAAGAUUUGGCAGCUUUAAGUUCAGAAGUUAUUAAAAUGGUCACACGGUUAAAAGUCGAUGCCUCUAGAGAAGAGGAAAGGAUGUGAUGCCACCAAAGUAUUUUGACUCGAUGUCAGGCUUACGUAUCCCUAACCCUGCUUCACUGUCGAAACAAGCUUCACCAAAAGUGACCGCGGUCUUUCUCUGCUUGCACAUAUUUAUAUCGCAACUAUUUAUAUGGCCUUUGUAAAGCUUUAACACUGUGUGUCUGCUCUGCGACGGGCCGUCACACACUGUCCAGUUUUCAGCACUCUCGACUGUAUAAACAUUUCAAAAGGUAAAUAAUUAAGUCACGGUUAUUGCUGGAGGAGAGUGUGAGGUGAACACGUCCUCGUAACUGUUGCUGGAGGAUUAGUUUCUGCUGCUAUUCCCAUCCACACUCCCUAAAGUAUUUACACGUGGAUCGCUUCAACUCAAACUAAGUCUGUUAAUUUACAAAAACUAGUUUGUUUAACCUUAACUCCAUCUUUCAGUUUCGGUAAGCUCCAAACGAUUCAGUCUGUAUUUGAUAUACCUGUAACCAUUAUGUUGAGCUGCGUCUCGUUUCUUUUUAACUGGUAGAUAAUGUUGCAACAAUGAGUCCAUAGAGCUUAAUACCGGCGUGUUUUGAGGAGUGGAUACACGCUUUGCUUUCAGGGAACAGGAAUGUGAGUCCGGCUCUGUGAAGCUCAGCAGGUCUGGGCUUGGUUUUGAAAUCCAAAUGCUGAUUAAUUCUGCUUCAGGUUCUCAUUUUACACAAAAGGACAAAGCUCAUAUGCACCUAAGUGCUUUUUUCUUCACACUGCUGAGCGUCUGUCUGUGAGGGAAGUGUUGAGUGCUGGUAAAUGUUGCUUUAAUGUCAGAGAAUCCGAGGCUUAACGUCAAGUCUCUGCAACGUUCACUGAUCAUUUAAAGGCUUCAUUUGAAAAUGUUACAUAUCUGUUUUGUUGUCUUCGUGUUGUUGGUGAAUGUUCAAAAUGGUGGAUAUUAUAUUAAGGCUCACUACUGUACAGUCUUUAAUAAGAGAAGCGGUGCACAUAUUUAGCGGCAUCUGUUACGUAUUUUCAGCUGUAUGUGAAACAGAGUCAGUGAGAGGUUUCAGAUGCACACUUUUAGAUAUCUCAGUGAAGGAGAUGCUUCUUUCCGUUCUCAGACCCAUCAGAGAGAUCUGUCACAUGAAUGUAUGUCUGUAUACAUAUUUAAAGCCAAUCCUCUGAUUUAUUUCAGUUCAAAAAGUGGAUUUUCUACAGUAUUUCUGCUCCAAAUGUCCCUAGACCUGACCUAUGACCUUCAGUGUGAAUCUGGUGGAAACACUUUAGAUCGUUGGCCUCUGUUAGAGCGCCCCCUGCUGGUCAGGAGGGUGAACAUGUAAGACGAUUAGCUUUACACACACUGAUCAACUCCAUGACCCAAAACUGGAGUGCUAGACCUAUUUCAUGCGUAUAAUGUUCAAUAAUCACAUUCAUUAUGUCUAUUUUUGACUCCUCUGUCUCUCCCAAUGAUCAUUUAGAGCAACGUAUGUCUCCAUUUUUGUGUUAUUUCUUUCCUUUAUCGUUGUCAAGACAUUUGGGUUUGGCUUUACAAGAAGUUAAGACAAUCACGUUGAGGUUAUUAAAGGUUAUUUUUGUAAUUAUGGUUGUGUUUAAUAACUGCUACUCCAGUCCUUACACAACGUAGGAUUAAAGAAACACAAAAAGGUAACGUGUGCAAACGAGAGCUAAGAACAGACUGAAGGCUUAAAUGACUCUCUUCACACACCAGUAAUAGAUUACAUUGUGCUGCACACAGUUUGCGGCUACUUGAAAUGUUUACAUGCUUUUAAAAGUAAUCAUCACUUCAUAAAUGUUGCUUCUGUCUGAUGAUUGGCUGUAGAGGUCAUUCCUAGAAACGUGUUGUGUUUGUUUCACAGGCUGACGUUCACUUUUUGAAUGUUGAUAUUCAACAUGUAUCAGUCACUGCGCUUUUCGUUUGGAAUGUAGCUUCCCACAGUUUCAUUUGAAGGACCUUCUUCCUGUGUAUACAUACUCAGUGUUUCUCUGGGCUCAGCAGCCAGGAUGUCAUUUUGUUGAGCUUCUGUAGCUGUUGUUUCAGUAUACAAAAACGACAUAUUACCAUCUAUGUGCAUACAAAUGUAACUGAAGCUCCAGGAUUGUGGAGGGUGAUGUAUUACUCAAUACGACAGGGAAUUGUAAAUCAAAAACAAAACUGCAAACUAGGGGGGAAAUAUCCAACAAAAGAAGAAGUUAUCAUGCUAUAAAGUGUUUUUAAUUAGGCAGGAUUUAUCUCAAGUCCAUCCUUUUGAAGGACUUUAGCUAAAUCCUUUCUUUAAAAACCAUUAACGCAUAUUUACAAGUGUUCAGAGAACUUGUAAUUGAAUAAAGCAUUUCCGUGUUACACCAGUCCGAGGUGAAUACCAAAUCUGUGCCUGAUGUUUGUUUGUGCUGUAAGUGUAAGAUUCAUCCACGUUCAGUGUGAUCGUUUUUUUUUUUAUACCUAGAAUGACUUGAUUAUUUCAAUAAAGUUAUAUUUGCUGUUUCUGUAUAUACUGUUCUAUGCAUUUUUAUUGUGAACCAAAUAAAUUAUGUGAAGUAAGCGUUAA